AUGAUGGUGAAAGGUUGGGACCAAGUUUCAGAAAAGAUAGAGUCACAGAGUAGGGUCCUCUGUGUGCGUAAUUUCAAAGCUGGAAACCUUGACUCUGAGUGUGGAUCAAUUUCAUUUGAGGAUGUGACUGUGAACUUUACCCAGGAGGAGUGGGGUCAACUUGACCCUGAUCAGAGGACCUUGUACAGGGAUGUGAUGUUGGAGAACUAUGGCAUCUUCAUCUCACUGGGACAUUCCAUUACCAAACCAGAGGAGAUCUUCAAGUUAGAGCAAGAAGCAUCAUGGAUAUUAGAGGAGGAAUUUGCAAGCCAGUGUUACCUACGUGAGCAAUCCAGGGAAAUAAGAUUCCAGGUUGUUGUUUCAGGAACUCACACAGGGGAGAAAUUCCGUGAUUAUAAUGAAUGUGAGAAAACUUUCAGGGGUGAGUCAAACCGCAUGUUAGGCCAGAUAAUUUACUCAAGGAAGAAUCCCUAUAAAUUUAAGGCAUGUGGAGAAACCUGUGAUAAGUCAGUCCUUUGGAAGAAAUGUCAUAGAAUUCACAUGGGUGAGAAGUACCACGAGUGUGAUGUCUGUGGGAAAACCUUCCUCCGUAAGUCAAACCUCAUCGUACAUCUGAGAACACACACGGGAGAAAAACCCUAUGAAUGUAAUGAAUGUGGGAAACCCUUUUACCAUAAGCCAGCCGUCACUUCAGACCUGACUGUGCAUCAGAGAUCUCACACAGGAGAAAAACCUUGUAAAUGUAAUGAGUGUGACAAACCCUUCAGUAUAAAGUCAAAACUCAAUGUACAGGGGAGAAUACACUCAGGGGAGAAGUCUUAUGAAUGUGGUGAACAUGGGAAAAUGUAUUAUAUGAAUUCAACCCUCAGUGAACAUCAAAGACUUCAUACAGGGGAGAGAAUACAUGAAUGCAACAAAUGUAGGAAGACCUUCUGUGGGAAGUCAGUUCUUCUUAAACAUCAGAGAACUCACACAGGGGAGAAACCUUAUGAGUGUGUAGAAUGUAGGAAAACCUUUUCUGAGAAGUCAACCCUCAGUAAACAUCAGAGGAUUCAUACUGGGGAGAAACCCUUUGAAUGUAACAAAUGUGGGAAGGCAUUUUGCCAGAAGUCCCAACUUAUUCAACAUCAGACGAUUCACACAGGGGAGAAACCCUAUGAAUGUAAAGAAUGUGGGAGAACAUUUUGCCAGAAGGCAUCCCUCAAUGUACAUCAGUGA